AAAUAUCUUUAACCUUAGUUAGUGUUAGUUAAGCACCGGAAGGUUAAACAUGCCCGCUGUCACAGAUUACCAAGUGUUGGCCGAUUUGGCCACCAAAAUCAGGAUUCACAGUGUUGAGUCCACAGCGGCUGCUAACUCUGGACAUCCAUCAACAUGCUCGUCCAUCGCCGAAAUUAUGUCGGUGCUUUUCUUCAACACCAUGAGAUACAAGGUAUCCGAACCAAGAGACCCGUCGAGCGACCGUUUGGUGCUCUCCAAAGGCCAUGCUGCACCAGCUUUGUACGCAGCCUGGGCUGAAGCCGGCUUGGUACCGGUUAGCGAGCUCAAGAAUCUCAGGCAAUUGGGUUCCGACCUUGAAGGUCAUCCAACUCCUCGUUUGAGCUUCGUCGAUGUUGGUACUGGAUCCUUGGGACAAGGUUUGGCCAUUGCAGGAGGUAUGGCUUAUGCUGGAAAGUACUAUGACAAGACUGAUUACAGAGUUUAUUGCAUCAUUGGAGAUGGAGAAAGCGCGGAGGGUUCGAUCUGGGAAUCAAUCCAAUUCGCCAGCUACUACAAACUUGAUAACUUAGUAUUGAUCCUCGACGCUAAUCGUUUGGGACAAUCGCAACCUAGUAUUGUUGGUCACGAUUUGGAGUUGUACAAAAAACGUUUUGAUGCUUUUGGAUUUAACUCCAUCAUCUGUGACGGUCACAAUGUGGUGGAACUGGUGAACGCUUUUGAUGCUGCUGAAGCUUGCAAAGGCAAACCUACCGUGCUUAUCGCCAAGACUUUCAAAGGUCGCGAUUUCCCCAACAUUGAAGAUAUGGAUAACUGGCAUGGGAAAGCUUUGGGACCACACAGCGAAGGCGUCGUAAAACACCUCAAGUCCUUGAUCAAAUCCAAACAACCCUUCAAGUUCACAAUCCCAGCACCACUCAAGACUGUACCUAAAGUAGACAUUACCAACAUCAAAUUGGAUUCACCACCAAACUACAAACAAGGCGAAUCCAUCGCUACCAGAAACGUUUACGGUACUGCUUUGGUAAAAUUGGCCAAAAACAACUCGCGCGUUGUGGCUUUAGAUGGUGACAUGAAGAACUCCACCUUCUCUGAAAUGUUGAAGAAAUUCGAUAACAACAGAUAUAUUGAAUGUUUCAUUGCUGAGCAAAGCAUCGCCGGUACCGGUAUUGGUUUGGCCUGCAGGGAUCGUACCGUACCUUUCUGCUCCACUUUUGCCGCUUUCUGGACCAGAGCUUUCGACCAAAUUCGUAUGGGUGCUAUUUCUCAAUCCAACGUAAACUUCUGCGGUUCUCACUGUGGUGUCUCCAUUGGGGAAGAUGGCGCCAGCCAAAUGGCCUUGGAAGAUCUGGCUAUGUUCAGAUCUAUCCCUGGAAGUACUGUAUUCUACCCAGCCGAUGCAGUGGCUUGCGAAAGGGCUGUUGAAUUGGCUGCCAACACCAAAGGAAUCACAUUUAUCCGUACCAACAGACCGACUACUGUCGUAGUGUACCCCAACGACUUUAAAUUCAACAUUGGUCAAGCUAAUGUCAUCAGAAGUUCGAACAAAGAUCAAGCUCUUGUAAUCGGUGGUGGAAUCACGCUGCAAGAGUCCCUCAAAGCCGCAGAAAUGCUUGCACAAGCUGGCAUCAACGUAAGAGUCAUGGAUCUCUUCACCAUCAAGCCAAUCGACAAGGAAGGUAUCAUCAGGAACGCUAGAGAGUGCGGCAGCAGAAUUUUAGUGGUUGAAGAUCAUUACUACGAAGGUGGUAUGGGAGAGGCAGUUCUUGGUGCCAUCUCCGAAGAAAGAGAUAUCUACUUGAAGCAACAUGCUAUUCCUAGAGUGCCCAGAUCUGGUACCCCCGGCUCAAGUGUUGGACUACUACGGUCUCUCUGCCAUGCAUAUAGCUAAGCACAUCGAGGGAAUAUUAAACAAGUAAAUGUAUCGUCUAUAUUAAAUCAUUUUAUGUGCUGAUUGGUUUUAUUUAACAGCCUUUUUAAUGCAUUCAAGAGGACCUUUAUUUAAAGUUUAAUAGUCGUUAAUAAAAUCGAUUCCGUUUAUAAAAUGAUGAUGACUAUAAUUAAUAUUCCCACAA